AUGACCUGGUCAAACUGCACCGAAGCCACAGAGUUCAUUUUCUCGGGAUUCACAGAUCGCCCGGAGCUCCAGAUCGCCCUCUUUGUGCUGUUCCUUGUGGUCUAUGCUGUGACACUGCUGGGGAAUCUUGGGAUGAUCCUGCUAAUCAGGCUGGCUGCCCAGCUGCAGACUCCUAUGUACUUUUUCCUGAGUACUUUGGCUUUUGUGGAUUUCUGGUACUCCACAUUUAUCACUCCCAAGUUUUUAGCUGACCUGCUAGCAGAAAGGAAAGUCAUCUCUUAUGCCGCCUGUGUGUGCCAAUACUGCUUUGUCAGCUUCUUUGGGGUGACAGAGUCUUUCCUUCUGACUGUGAUGGCGUACGACCGUUACGUGGCCAUCUGUAACCCCCUGCUUUAUACUGCUGUCAUGUCCCCCAGAUUCUGUGUCCAGCUGGUCGCUGGGUCCUUCCUCGCUGGGUUUAUAAAUGGAAUGAUCCAAACCAUCACCACAUUAAAAUUAUCCUUCUGUGGUCCCAAUGUCAUUGACCUGUUCUUCUGUGACAUCUCCCCACUGUUGUCCCUCUCCUGUUCCAACACCAGCGUCUACCACGUGAUCCUCUUGGCUGUGGCUUGUGUGGCUGGGAUCUUCACCAGCCUGACCAUCCUCAUCUCCUACGUGUUGAUCUUCUCCAACAUCCUAAAGAUCCGCUCCGCCGAGGGAAAGCGCAAAGGGUUCAACACCUGCACCUCCCAUGUGACCGUCGUCACCAUCUUCUAUGGCCCAGCUCUGUUUAUCUAUAUGCAGCCCAGCACCCAGCAUUCGCGGGACCAGGACAAAGUGGUCUCCGUGUUCUACACCAUGGUCACCCCCAUGUUGAACCCCUUAAUCUACAGCCUGAGGAACAAAGAGGUGAAGAACGCUGUGAAAAGGGUCAUAGAAAUGAAUUUAGUCCCCUAG